AUGGCGACUGAAGAUGAUAACUUCGAUAUUGACAUCUACGGUGAUGGGGGUGGCUACAAUGCCAAUGAACAAGGAGAUUACAAACAUGAUGAUGAGACCAAACACGAUGACUCGGAGCUCAUUCUAGACGCGCCAGAAAAUACCCACAAUGGUGGCCCUCCACAAGGCGAUAGUACCAUUGAAGUGAAUGCGAGGCAAGAUAAUACCGAAAGUAUAAACGCAAACGGCGGACAUGUAACGCAUUCCGAGGUCAGUCAGCAGCAGGCCCCUAAGGAGAACCCGGCUCCUCCACAGGGUGUAAAGCGCAAGGAACACGAUGACCGCCCAACGGACCCUGAUGCGACGGCGGCUUUGCUUAUCUCCGACCUCUAUUGGUGGACUACCGAUGAUGAUAUUCGUGGUUGGAUUCGUGAAGCUGAAUGCGAGGAUGAGCUCAAGGAUGUAACAUUCAGCGAGCAUAAGGUGAACGGGAAAAGCAAAGGUCAAGCAUUUAUCGAGUUUAGCUCCCUUCAAGCCUCAACCGCCACCAAACACAAGAUCGAAUCCUUUAGCCUUUCUGGCCAGUCUGGAAGAAAAUAUACGGUUAAUUAUACCAACCCUCAACCGAACCCCUUUCGCACACUACCAAAGGAUGCUCCUAUGAGGAAGGAUAACCAGGCCAGGUCAAUGUCCGGGGGUUUUAACGCUCCAAACCAAAACAUGAACUUCGGUAUGAAUAACAUGGCAGGGGGUUUUCGAGGUGGCCGUGGAGGAAGCUUCAACCGGGGUGCUAUGGGUAAUAACAUAGGAAAUUUUGGUAACCGCAAUUUCCAAAAUCCUAUGGGUGGUUUCCAGAACCAGAUGGGUGGUGGCUUCCCCUCGAAUCCAAUGGGCGGUAUGCAAAACUAUGGGUUUAACAACCGUGGUGGUAUGAUGGGGGGUGGCAUGCGAGGUGGACCUGGAGGCAUGCGUGGGCGUGGUGGUGGUAUGGCUGGACCGAAUAUGAUGGGGAUGCCUGCCAUGAACCCCAUGGGCGGCAUGGGAAUGAAUCCGAUGUCUGGUGGAAUGAACCCCAUGAUGGGUGGUGGAAUGGGUGGAAACAUGGGUAUGCAAGGAAAAGGUGGUUUCCAAGGCCCCAAUCCAGCAUUUAACCAGGGGUUCUUUUCUCCCAACCAGGGAGUAGGAGAUGGAUCCUGGAAUCCGCAUGGUGCCAAACGCAGUCGACAGGAAUAA